AGCGAUUCGGGAGUCGAUGAGGCCGAUAAGGAUGACGCCGAUCAGCAAGACCUUCACAUCGGAGACUCUCCUCCGCCGAUGUUUUUUAGCGAGCAACGCAGCACCGCCAGGCAGAAACGAAACCGAUUUUCAAUUUUUUGCUGGGCCAAGCGUCAGCAAAGCGCAGAAGAAAGCACGGAUCCGCCGUCUUACCUGACGCUCUUUCCCGAACGAAACGAGUCCGAAGCCCGAAUCGUUGGCGUUGAUAACGCCGCGCGGCCUGUUUUGCUGGACGUCGCGUCGUCCUUCGUCUUGCGCGCUCCGCCGCCUAGUUACAGCCAAGCUCAGGGCAUGUACACCAGCGGACCCGACUCCUUCGAGCGCUUCCUCAGCAGUACUGGCGAUUUUCCGUCCAGUGCUACUAUUUCGAGUCCGAAACCGGUCAAGAUGCUAUGUCGUAGAUGCGCCGCUAUCGUACCCACGCUGCCCGAACAGCACACGGACAUUGUCACCCACGUCACAGCCAUGCUAUUGUUUUUCAUUGGGUAUCGACCUUUGCCUAUUUUCUAUUCUCCAUCGCAUACUUUAAUAAUCGUCGAGUGCAUUUUUCCAGUUGCUGGCCUUUCUGUUUUGUACCGUACUGCUCUAGUCGCUGCAAAUCCGCCCAUCAUUACUGCCGCUACUGUCGAACCUAUCUAG